UACGAUCUCGAAGUACAAUCAUUUAUAUUUCGAACGUCGAUGCUAAACAAAAGGGUACAAGAAAUCGUAAGAUUAUCCUUACAAUACUGUGAAUGAAAUACCUGUUUCAAAAUUUUGGUUGGUUAGAUUGGGAAAGCUUGAAGAAACGCACAAGCUACCAAAUACGUGAAGCUUUCAUCAAAGUCCUCCAAAAUCCAAGACCAGUUGCUUGCAAUAUCACGUGCCUUCAAAACCAACUCCUUCUCAACUUUCCUCCUAGCCAUCAUUCAUUUCCCACAACUUGCCUUUGCUUCCCUCCCCAGAGUCCUUAAAUAAGUUCUGGAUUUGAGCUCAAUGGACGAUUACUUCAACAUGGGUAGUUCUCCCCAACAGCCUAAAGAAGAAACUGCAAUGAACCAUGCUGUACCUGAGAGUUCCACAAGCAUCAGCAUGCGAAUUUCCGAGCAUCACCUUCCUGCCUACACCAGCUCCAGCAUCUCCCUUGAUUCCAUACAACUCUCUAUACAGAACCUCGUCAAGCACUGGACCACACGGCAGAGAUAUUGGAACCUGUUUUUCGGAGCUGAUCAAGAGCAGCGGCGCUUGUCGAAUACGACUACACCAUGGAGAAGGAAACUAGCAAGCUUCUUGGAAUCGAUGCCCCUUCGAGUCACCGUAAUCAUUCUGCUGAUCCUUGACCUCACCUUGACUAUUCUCGACCUGUCCUCCUCGAUGCUCAAAUGUCAUAAUCGAGGUGACGGAAGAUCAUUGGCCGCGGACUGGUUCCACUGGGUUGAGAUAGGGAUCCUGAGCCUGCUCUGUGCGAAGCUAAUUGCUCUAGCUGUGGCACUUGGACCCAAAGCUUUCUUUAGCAGGCCGGGGUAUGUUGUUGAUGGUGUGGUGGUGGUAGGAGCUUUGGUUCUGGAAGGGCUGAUGGAUAUGAAGGAAGGAGGGUUGAUGGUGGUGGUGAGCUUGUGGAGAGUGGUGAGGGUGGUGGAGAGCGCCUUCGAGUUGAGCGAUGAAGCCAUCGAGGCUCAGAUUGCAAGGGUAGUGUUGGAGUUUGAAGCACUCAAGGCAGAGAACAUCAGAUUGUUGGAGACGAUAGGUGAGAGAGAUGGGACCAUAAGGAUGCUGCAAGAAAUGGUGGAGAUGUUAAAAGCAGAACUAGAUGAUGAGCAAUGAUCAGUGUAUGGUGGCUCUGGGGUAAUGAAACUUGAAAGUACUUCAUUUUUUUAGCUUACUAGAAUGUUUCAGGAUACGAGGGUCAGUUACAUAAAUGGUCAGUGAACUUUUGGGUAAUGAAUGCUAAAUCACAUAGACAAUAAUAAAAUGUCACAUAUGGCCUAAUUAGCUACAUCAACAUGAACUUUUAACCCAUACCUAAUCGACACAAAACCAGUUGCUCGAUUCAAUUCACUCACAUUAUCCUGACCUCCUUAAUCCCUUCGUCCUUUUACCACAAAGAACAUGACGAAGACGGAUAAAGUGGCCGUUGUGUU